GAUAUCAUACAUAAAUACUCAGUUGUUGCGUUGUUGAUAGUUAGACUGUAUGUAAUGCUAUAAACAAUGCAAUCACUGGUAAUCUGUAUUUUGUCUUGGUUCGUUGUACUUGCAAUAAGUAAAACGAUUUCAACUCAAGCACAACAAAGCAAGGAUGAUGCUCUUAUGAGAAAUAUAUCAGAUCUACAUUUUCAACUUUUCUCUUCCAUUCAAGGAAGAGCAAAAAUUAUAAAGACGGCUGUGUUUCAAACGAAAUGCUCGGAGUCAGGUUGUACUUUUAAUGAUUGCGACAAAAGAAAGCUAUUAAAACCAGUUUGCAAGCAAGGAUGGAAGCGGUACAACGGACAUUGCUAUCGUCUGUUCAGUACAAAGAUGAACUGGUUUGAAGCUCAGUUCUUCUGUAGAAAACAAGGCACCACACUUCUUCAAAUCAACGAUGCAAGAGAGAACAAAUGGCUUUCAACGCAUUAUCCAAAAGUUUAUUACUGGAUUGAUCUGACUGACGCUGGAAAGGAAGGCGAAUGGAUGAUGUUUUCCACGGGGAAACGACCUACAUUUACGAGUUGGGGUAAAGGACAACCAGACAACUCCGGAAAUGAAGACUGUGCCCAUGAUAACUCUCCAAGGAAUGGUGAAUGGAACGAUGGACAAUGCAGUAAUAAAAUUCAAGUGAUGUGUGAAUCAUCAGGAUCUGGAUUUUGAACCUGUGGGAAAACUGGAAAAUAAUUAAAAAAUAAACACAUUCUUUUAUUUUUGUGUUGCAU